AUGGCUGCCGUGUCCGGUCAACAAGAUGGCUGUCAAACAUUGCAAACAGAAGUUGACCUAGUCAAGCAGAUGUCCGUCGAACACCAGGGCUCUACCAUCAUUGUGGACUGUGUUGCCACGGUAACCAUGAACAAAUGUGAAGGCACGUGCAUGUCCCAAGUGUCCCCCAGUGUGGUACAUUUCCCCGGCUUGAUGAAGCAAUGCCGGUGUUGCCAGGAAGGGAAUCUGCUUCCGAAGCUAAUCCGCUUUGAAGAAUGUUUCUUUGACAAUUCUCUCGUCAGCGGUCUUCGUCCCUCCUUAGAGAUCCAGGAACCAAUGGGUUGCUCGUGUCAGGAUUGUCGUAACUAAGGACACACCUUAUCACUAAGGACCCGCAUGCCUCGAUGCGUGUUUGACACGUCCUCGUGGAGAGCGCUUAUAUUUUAUGUGCAUGCACAAGAGGACAACGCCCUGGCUGUCUGAAAAUACUUUCCAGUUUUUUUUAACUAAAACAAACCGUCUAUAGCUUCAUGGACCACAGACUAUUUACACUUGAGGGUACCAGUGUUUCGGCGUCAGAAGCCAGAAGAAAAACAGAAAGGAACGGUUUAACCAAUAUUUAUUUGCUUGUUUAUUGUUUUGUAAGGCCACACUAUAGCGGGCUAUUCACAACGUGCACAGGUUCGACUGUAGCUGAGUUCUAAUUAACGGUUAGAACACUGUUACGCUACCAGCGAGGUCUGUAGUUAUUCUGUUUGAAAAAUCAGCAAUUGAAAUGCAACGAGUCUCUCAACUGGCUGUCGUAGGAGAUAAACGAUAUCCCAUUAAGGCAUCCACACUGGUCACACUGGAGUGCGUAACCUUUUAUGUACAGUAUAUCAUUCGGUCAUGUCUAUCGGCUAAUCUAUCCCAGGCAUACAGCCUAGCAAUAAUAGUGAAACCAGCACCCAUGGUAAAUGAUGAAAAGUUUUUCAGUAACUUGUCAAGGGUCGCAGGUUUAUCCCGGGCAUUUUGCUUUCCUCGGUCCAUAAAGCUGACCGUCAUCAAUGGUGUGAGUGAAAAAUUCCUGAUUAAGUAAAUACCUUUAUCCUAUAUAGACCUAGAUAGCGCGAACUGGAAUAGGGGAGGGGAGGGAGGUUGAUUUUAAACAUGAACAGCACAAGUAGUUUUGGUUGACAUUUUUGCUUUUCUGAUAAACAUUCCCGACUCGCCCGAAGAGCCAAAGACCUACUCUAUGCUCAACAUACAUACUUUCAUUUCAGAAAAUAAAAUAAAAAAUAUUCGCCCAAAACAUCAACCACUGCAAUCCAGGGGAUCAGAACGUAAAAGGGCGUGAUACAAUGUGAGCGCAAUGUAACUGUUUUCAAAAAAUACCAUGUUAUCUAAUAAUUUCCGCAUAUUCUCUCCUCACCUCCUUUUUUUUUGGAAAAUAAAUGUAACAUAAUCUCCGUUACGAUACAAAGAGAUCACUAUAUGAAAUCAAGAACACAAUGACUUUCGUAAAAUCCGGUUCAGCGGUAAUCUAUUAAUAAAUGGAUCUGAUCCUUCCUGUUUCCAUCAGGAACAAUCAUAGUUUUUAACGCUGCAACUCAGCCCCAAACAUUGUAUGGUCAAUGAACAUUGGUGUCUACCUUGCCCAACCUGUGGGAAAGGUACUCAUUAAUAUUUUGACAUAAAUUUACUGUCAGAGAUCGGUACAUAGCAACGUCAAUGGGACGUCACUCCCAGCCUCAUCACUACUUAACACUCUUGUGCCCUCUCGCCAGCAAUUUCAAACUUUUAUCAAUGAAACUCAUACCUGACACA